AUGUCUGGAUCUGAACCCUUAAAUAAUGAUAAACCUAUAAGAAUAGCUGUUUUAGGUGGUGCGAGAUUUGGAAAGACAUCAAUUAUAUCAAAAUUGAUAAUGGGAAAUUUUAGAGAUACUUAUUAUCCAACUCAUCAAAUAAAUUCAAAUUUAUUCACAUAUAAACCAAGUUCAAAACUGGCAAAAUUUAUAUUGCAAAAUAAACCAGUACGAGAUGAUAAUGUAAUUAUAAAUCAACCGUUAAAACCUGUAAAUAAUAAAUACUAUACUAUUAAUAAUGAUGGUGAAGUAUCUCCAAUACUAGUCGAAUUAAUAGACACUCCAAGUUUUAAUCCUCAACAAGUUGUACCAUUUUUAGAAGCAUCAUUACAUAUAAAAUUGCCCCAGGAUGUUUUACAUAAUUUAGCUAAUGAACCAAGAAGACCAGUUAGUACUAAUCCAUUAUUAGUCGCAUCGGGUGCAAGUGAAUUAAAUGGUAAUACAAAUGGUUAUUUCUUUGUUUAUUCAUCUAUACCGUCAUAUAAUCCACCAAGUUAUGAAUUUGAAAGUAAAUUACCAGAGAACCACCUGAUUAAUCUACUCAAAACUAUGAAAAUUGCGUUAGAUGAAGCCUGGGAAGAGUAUAAUAAUUUUAAAAAGAAUUGGGAACAAGGCAAAGAAACAGACAUGUUUUCAUUCAAAAUUGCGUUAAAGAAUUUACUAAAAGAAAAUAAAAAAUCUAAUAUAACGUUAAAUAAUUAUAAUUAUAAACCAUCAAUAUGGAUAGUUUGUACUCAAAUCAAUAAUUCAUUAUCAUCACCUACUUUGAUUGAACAAGGUAAAGAAUUAGCCAAAGAAUGGAACUAUGGUUUUAUAGCCAUUGAUAAUUUAGAUUCAGAUGUUGAUGAAUUAUUAGCGUUAAUGAUACGAAGUAUUUAA